ACCUCAACAGGGACAGCCCCGGGAACGAGUUAGUAACUUAUGGUUAUGCUAAAACAAAGCCAGCCUCGUCAUAAGCUGCGGUCCGUUUUACUCGUACUGAAACUGCUAACUGGGGCGCGCCUUAUUUCCAUUUCAGUUUUAUGAACACCACAGCCUCAUUUACACCCUGCAACUUCUCAAUAUCACCAAUGGCUAUGCUAUGACGUAGCAGUUAUGGAUAUACACAAUUGAGCUGUGGCAGCUUACUUUCCCGCCGAUAAGGAAAUCAAGCCUCACUGACGCAUGCGCUGUUCAGUACAAAGUGUCACAGGAUACAAUAUUCACUGCGCAUAACAGUAAAUAUGGAAGAUGCAGCCUAUAACUCGUCGCCUCCGAGGCACAGCCACAUCCCACGGCUCAAAGGGUUCCUUCCGCUCAACGAUGAGAGCCCAAUGGCGCUGCAUAACGCAGGCGUGUUGAAUUCGUUGAUACGAACGCGCUCCAAUACGUCGCUCCAUAGGCUGAGACGCGCUCCAUCUAUUAUCGUCGACGAUGAAGAGGUCGGGGAACGACUAUCAUGGCGAUGGGAUAGCGAAGAGUCGCCCCAAAUGCGAAGAGCAAGCUCGGUACUAUAUGGACCGCAGAUGCGAAGUAUGCGCCUGAUUGGAAAUAGUAACCCGAGAUAUAACUGGACGAGAUACUGGAAGACUGAGGAGGAAUUAAAGCUCAUGAAACAGCCAAUUCGCCAAUACUAUGAGCGAACAAACUUGCUCAUUCAGCAAUACAUUUAUAUUGACCGCCUCCUCGAUUCCUCACUGCCUCACGAUCUGCUUAAUGAGUAUAACACCAGUCGCGAUCAACCCAGUGUCCCAGCAACCAUAUCUGAAGAACAAUCAUCUAACGAAGACUCUGGAAAUCGAACAGAGCCCAAUGGCGUCAGUUCGAACAAUAAAAAGAUAAAGCGGACGCCGAGGGACUUAUUCAAAGUUCCGUCCGAAGAUACGGCACUUUUGGAAUACUCGAACGACGAGGAUAGCCCAAGACCAGAAAUACCCGGCAUGAGCGACGACAGUGUCGAAAGUGGCGAUAGGAUCGUUCAGCUUGCCAUAUAUGUGAAUCUGGCCGCAAACAUUUUUCUGCUGGGAGGUAAAAUGGCAGUCAUUGUACUCACGAGCUCGUUGUCCGUUCUAGCAUCCCUUGUGGAUGGUGCACUCGACCUCUUAAGUACAGGUAUUGUGUGGACGACAACAAGGUUGAUCGCUAGGCAGGAUCGAUAUCGUUAUCCUGUUGGACGGCGACGCCUUGAACCGAUCGGUGUACUGGUAUUUUCAGUUAUCAUGGUAACGUGCUUUUUCCAAGUUGCACUGGAAUGUUUCAACCGUUUGAACUCGGGAGAUCACUCUAUCAUCCAGCUUGGUGUACCAUCCAUCGCCAUCAUGGCUUCGACUGUGGUAAUCAAAGCCCUGUGCUGGCUUUGGUGCCGAGUCAUCAAGAACUCCAGCGUGCAGGCGCUGGCACAAGACGCUGAAACAGACGUCAUCUUCAAUUUAUUUUCCAUCAUCUUCCCUCUGGUUGGAUAUUACGCGAACCUCUGGUGGCUCGAUGGGCUCGGAGGUCUUCUUCUCUCGGGUUACGUUAUAGUCAACUGGGCUGGCACUUCUGCAGGGCAUAUCCGUAACCUCACUGGCGCCGCUGCCACUGCUGAUGAGCGCAAUGUGCUUCUCUAUCUGACCAUGCGGUUCGCGAAGACUAUAAAACAGAUCCAGGGCUUGGAGGCUUACCAUUCAGGGGAUAAACUCAAUGUGGAAGUCGAUAUAGUCCUUGAUGAGACAACGAGCCUGCGAGAUAGCCAUGAUUUGGGAGAGAGCCUUCAGUAUGUUUUGGAGUCAGUGCCGACGGUGGAUAGGGCAUUUGUACAUCAAGAUUAUGCAAGCUGGAACUUGCCGAGCCAUAUGCAACAGCAGGCGGAGUAGAGGAGUCCAGUAUAAAGGAGUUGGGUUGGGUUUGAAGGUGUGAGUUGGACAUAUUUUGAUAUCCCCUCUGUCUCUGUAUAUUAUAGACAUAUAUAUGUAUUACAGCUCC